AUGUUUACGCUGAUCGGGGUGGGACUUGGCGAUGCCAGCGACAUUACCCUGAAGGGCCUUGAGGCUGUGCGAGAGGCAGACAUUGUAUACUUGGAGGCCUACACAUCGUUUCUCAUCAACAGCUCCACGGAGGAGCUUUCUACUGCAUAUGGAAAGCCUGUUUUAGUUGCCGACCGUGAGAUGGUUGAGAGUGGUGAGGUGCUGCAGGAGGCCCAGCACAAGAAGGUUGCACUGCUCGUCGUUGGUGACGUCUUUGGAGCUACUACGCACUCCGACUUGGUGGUGCGCUGCCAUGAACAAGGCAUCAACUGCCAUGCAAUUCACAAUGCCUCAAUCAUCAACGCUGUUGGGUGCUGCGGACUGCAGCUCUACCGUUUUGGACAGGUGCUCUCUCUCUGCUUCUGGACAGAAACGUGGCGGCCGGACUCGUGGUACGACAGGCUGAGGUCCAACCGGGAAGCGGGUCUCCACACCUUGCUACUGCUUGACAUCAAGGUAAAGGAGAUCUCUGAUGAGAACCUUGCACGUGGCAGAAAGGUAUACGAACCACCGCGCUACAUGCGCAUUGCCCAAGCUAUUGAUCAGGUACUGGAGGUUGAACGGAGAAAGGGGGGUGGUGCAGUAGCAGAGGAUGGAAGCACUAUGGCGGUCGGUGUGGCUCGUGUGGGAUCUAAGACACAGCAGAUUGUUGCUGGAACGAUGCAGGAGCUGCGAGAGGUUGACUUUGGUGGGCCGCUGCACUCCCUGAUAAUCGCCGGUGACAUCCAUGCCUGUGAGGCUGAGCACGUGAACCUCUUUCGUUUAAAGUAA